UUAGUCUUAUUGUACAGUUGACAGAAUUAACAAGUCGUUUUCUAAAAGCAAACAAAUACCAUAAAUGGAUGAUCAUAAAGUUUCUAGAGACAACAAAGUCUCAAGAGAUGCCGCCAAGAAAACCCAAUUAUACAAACAUUGGGUGAGACCACGUUUCCUACAAUACAAUUACAUGUACGACUAUAGACUCAACUACUAUGAUGACGUUAUCGAUUAUUUGAAUAAGAAAGAUCGUGGAGUUAAAAUUGAACCACCAAAGCCCCAAACAUGGGCUGAAAGAGUUUUAAGAACAGUUAAAGACAAACCACAUUCAUCCUGUUAUGAGGCAUAUGAGGCAGAACACUGUUCCAAGCGUAGUAAUAAAUUGAAAAUUACAAUAACUAAUCAAAUCAACUCCUACAACUAUCACAGCAAAGGAUAUACAAAUAGAAAGUAUGCAAGCAUCUUGUAAUUUGAAAAUUUUUCGUUUUUAGAUUUCUUUUUUUUUUUAAAUCAACUUUAAAUAAAUGAGACUUGGUUGGUUUUUUUCUUUUGCUUUUGGUUUUUUUACGCAACAAAUUAUCGUUUAUUAUUUUCAUAUCUAAAACAUAAACAUAACAAAACAUUGAAAAUAUUUAUUAUUGCUGUUAUUGUUUGUCAACAUGAAUUUUUAAUAAUUUGAAUUUAAUUUUGCGCCUCUUCCAUUGAAGUUGCUUUAUUAAUUUAUUGGUCCAAUUUUCUAUUUUGAUCAUGAAAAUGGCUUUAGAAUAGCACAAAGCAAAAUGCUUAUUUAAUAUUCUGCUUCGUUUUUAUUUUGUUUUCGUUUUUUUUUUUCAUUUGAAACAAAAAUAUUUAAAUAUUGAUUAUUUAUUU